AGAGAGCAUAACUUUCUAUCACACCUCGUGUUGUACGACAGCUUAUGAUUAAUUCGACUAUCAUCCUCUAAGUGGUACAUUAACAAGACUCACAGCAAAACCACAAGGCCACUUCAAACAUAUAAACAACAAAUUUGUCAACGUGUCAUGAUGAUGGGUAAUUUUUGGCUUCGAGAAGCGUCAAUGUGUUUAGUACUAUUAGCUCUUACCGGCGCUUUAUGGAAUCUUCCAUUCGUCAAAGGAGAAACAUGCAAUACACAUCUCAAUAUCAGACCCGUUGUGGAUAUAUCUUCAAGUCCAGAAAACAACAAAUUACCCACUGGUGUCUCUAUUACCCUGACUUGUACAGCGGAGCCCAGAACAAUAGAUAGAGGAUAUCACGAUAGAUGGGUUAAUUAUAUCGAGUGGUACGAUCCACAGAAUAAGGAAACUGGAGUUAAGUGCCUGCAGCCUUCAAACAGACGUGCACACAAACUUAAAUUAAGCUGCCCAUUAGUUCUUAAAAAUCUGACAGUUGAUAAAUUUGGCCGCUACACCUGCCAAGCUGGCAAUAAUUACAGAAACCACUGUACAAGGAAAUCAUUUGAAAUAGUGAUUCAAGGUCUUGCGCCAGAGUUAGUAGAAGUUCCUCGGAACCAAAGCAUUGAUAUAGGGGCCAAUGUAACUUUCAACUGCACCGCCACAGGUCUUCCUAAGCCAAGUAUCUCAUGGAUCAAAAACAAUGAUUCAUCUGCCCUACAAUCCAACCCAAGGGUAACAUUCAUUAAUAAUCCAAAUUCAUUAACAAAUCAAAAAACCCCGCAUAGCCAGCUGUUUAUUACAGGAACGAAGAAAGAAGAUUUUGGCAAAUAUCAAUGUGAGGCCAAAAACAGUGCUGGUAAAAAUUUGUCGCUGCCAGCUUUCUUAACCUCGAAAGAUUCAGAUGACCAGAAACCUGAGAUCGUUGAAGGUCCAAAGAACCAAAGUGUCCUGAUCGGUUCCAAUGCUACCUUAAGCUGCACUGUUAGGGGUCUCCCAAGGCCAACAAUCCGCUGGAUAAAGAACAAUUCUUCAUACCCUUUACAGUCUAAUCUCAGAGCACGUGUCAUUCCAGACGGGCGAACCAAUCGCAGCCAGCUUUUUAUAACGAGAGUAGAGAUGGAAGACUAUGGAAAAUAUCAAUGCAUUGCAAAUAAUAGCAUUGGAAGAAGCCAAUCAGGAGUGGCUGUCUUGAACAAAGCGACUCCUACUCUCACCUCCGUGAAAAGAGAGCCAGAAAAUUCAGCAUCUCAGACAACUAUAGUCGCUGUAUCAUGCACUUUGGCAGCUGCUGUUAUUUGUGUAGUCACUGUGUUUGUGUGGAAUCGGCGUAGAAAUCGUGACAAGGAGGUAAAUAAUACGUUUCGUGACAUCCCCACACAGAGUAAUGAUCUCCUCUGUCCGUCAUGCGACUUUGCUUGUGCUGGCGUCCAGAGGAAUGCUGGGAUUGACCAGCCAAGAAUCAUGCAGUUUCCUAAGGGGGGACGAAAACGUGCAGCAAAGGUGUAUCUGAAAAAAGGUCAACAGUUGAAAAAUGGGAUACAGGACCUUGAAAACAAUCGGUCGCCCAAUAGCCAAACCAUCGAAACCCCCGAGGAAAGGCUCCUGUUAGUAGGGGAUGGAGUAGGGGAGAGACUGCCUCCAGACGGAAGCGAGCAGGAUGAUUCGGUGCAAGGACUAAAAGAAAGAGGUCAAGAGAGAUUAGAGUCGGGUGAGGGGAUUGCUGGUGGUGACAUUUUCACACCUGAUAAGCACCUAGGUGUCGACGAACAGCGGGAUUGUGGAGAGAUAUCUAAAGGGACCGAGGAAGAAUCUGAAAACUUGGAAAAUCUUGAAGUGUUUGAUGAAAUACUCGGAGAGGGCGAAUUUGGAAUCGUCUACAAAGGUCGCUAUGGUGGAAAAGACGGAAACAUGACAGAUGUAGCUGUGAAAAAGCUAAAAGACCCUAGUGCCAUUGCCAAAGAAACCCUGCUUAAUGAGAUAAGGACCUUAAAGCAAGCUGGGAAACAUCCUAAUAUUGUCACUUUGAUUGGCACAAGGAUAGAGGAAGGAAACGUUCUUGUGGUCACUGAAUUGAUUCAUGGUGGCAGUCUGGAAAAUCUUUUGAGGGCGCCAGGGGAAAGGAACAAUUAUCAUAAUGUCUGCUGUAAGCUGAAUGACCGGCAACUGGUCACAGUUGCAUUUCAAAUCGCCAUGGGAAUGCAGCACUUAGAGGAGAGAAAGUUUGUCCAUCGCGACUUAGCAGCGAGGAAUAUUUUAGUUGAUGCCAACUUGGUGGCUAAAGUUGGAGACUUUGGAUUAGCCAGGGACAUAUCCGCUGCUGGUAUAUACACCAUAACCUCCAGCGGCAAGGUUCCGUGGAGAUGGUCGUCGUUAGAAUCUCUACGAGAUCUGCAUUUUACAUCCAUGAGUGAUGUGUGGUCUUUUGGUAUCGUUCUAUGGGAAAUCACCACUUGUGGUGAGUUGCCGUACCCUGACAUCACAUCACCAAUUGCCUUAGUAACUCGACUUGCUUCGGGAUACCGGAUGCCUCGUCCCGAUCGAUGUUCGGAAGAACUAUAUGAGCUCAUGAGUUCUUGUUGGAAAGAAAAUCCUUUGAUGAGACCAGCCUUUUCGCAGAUCGCCCAGCAGCUGAAGAAUUUUUUGCGAGAAGUGAAGAGGACAUAUACAAAUAUCACAGAGUUCAACGAUGGAGAAGCUUGAUGAUACCCUGACGCUGAAGCAAACACCUCAUUUUAUGUAAUUGAUAGUAGGAAGAUAACCACGAGAUCUCAAAUAAGCACAUAGACUCAAAAAUU